CAUUACGAAAGUCCCUUUAACCUUAAACUCCCAGAAAUUAGCAAAUGAAUAUGUAAAAUUUUGUGUAUGAAAAGAUUCGAAUUCAGGACCUCUGAUAUUAUGUAAGAAUUUUAUGGGACCAUAGCGAAGGAGAGCAUGUAUGUUUUUCUUAAAUUGCGUUGAAAGAAAUGGGAUGAGUUGCACUGUUCAACCAGCUUUGCUUUUUAUUUUAAUGGACAGUUUUGCAGUUGAAGAAGAGAGGUAGACCCGGUAGAGCUUUAAGGUUCUUCUAAGCUCUCCCUUGCUUGCUCGAUAAACAAAGGGAGAGGGGGAGGCCAAAAACCAGAGAGGGAAGUUAGGCCAACGGUUAGCUUUCUCUGAUUCGCUUUGAAUCAAAGAAAGGUUUCUUUUCUUCUUUCUUUCUUUUUUUCUGCUUUGGGUAUUCUACGGUUUGAUUCUUGGUCACCAUCUGAGACUCACCCAACUUCACCUUCCUGUCAUCUUCUCCGCACCCGACAACAUCGCCCCCUCUCCUGCUCCUGUAUUCUGUUGCAGUUGCUGUCUAUAUACUCUUGUCAUCUCACACGGUUCAUGUUCAUAUUUGCCGCACACCCACAUAAAAGAUAUGCUCUGUCAUUGAAGGGUUGUGCUCUGAAGGGAUAGUUUUGGCGUUCUCGGUUGAAUUAUGGCGGACGGGAAGCUUGCAGCUGCUUGAAUUUCAUGGUAUUCAUGUUUUUAAGGUACUGACUGUUUUCUUGGAAGUUUAUGUAACGCCCCUGAAUUCGAAUUGGAAGAAACGGGAAUUUCUUGUCUACUAGUGCUCGGGAGCAACUUUCAUGAUUGCAGUCCUAUAAACGUGGUGGAGAUUGGCCUGUUCUCCUUGUAGUCUGUAGUCGUAAGUAAUCCUGUUUAUGGAAAAAGAAAAAGCGAUCCUUUAGUUGUCUGUGAGCAGAGGAGUGUUGGCCUAUUCUUGGUUUUCUGAAGCUUGUUUGUUUCCUAAAUUCACUCGUUUCGCGCCCGAUGAAUACUCGAUAUUUUUUCCCACCGGAGUCGUUAUGCAGUUCCAGCAUCGGCGCCACGUUCUCUUCGAGUUCAUCAGCCACAAAUGAUCGGGCGGUGAUAGGGUCCCGGAACCGGGCUCCCCGCGUUCCGCCUUCAUUUUUGGUUAGGAUGGCUAUGAGAAUAUCUCGAGCAAGAUGGUUCACUUUCUUAAGGAGAGUUUUCCACUACCAGAACGGGUCGAGGUCGGAUCUCGGGUCGAAUCCGUUCAAUUCGAGCACCUGGAUGGUGCUCGAGCUCACGGCCUUGAUGGUUCAGAUAAGCAUAACUUCUUUCACCCUGGCCAUCUCAAGGAGCGAGAAGCCGGUCUGGCCUAUGAGGAUAUGGAUCAUGGGUUACGACAUAGGGUGCAUGCUCAGCGUGCUGCUGCUCUAUGGUCGCUACAGGUAUCUUUUUUUGGCUCAGGGAGAUGGCUUUGGCAUCUCGGAUUUGGAGCAGCAAAGAGGCGGUGAAGAUUCCAGGAGUGUGCAUCUGAUGAACAAAUGUCGGACUUCGUUAGAGCUGUUCUUUGCGAUAUGGUUUGUGAUGGGUAAUGUUUGGGUGUUCGAUUCUCGGUUCGGAUCGUUCCAACGCGCACCAAAGCUUCACAUGCUUUGUAUCUCUCUGCUUGCUUGGAACGCUGUCAGCUACUCUUUCCCAUUCCUGCUAUUUCUCCUGCUAUGCUGCUUUGUGCCACUCAUGAGCACCUUCCUCGGAUACAACAUGAAUGUGGCUUCGGUUGAGAGAGGAGCAUCUGAUGAUCAGAUUUCUAGGCUACCUAGCUGGAAAUAUAAGCAAGUGGACAACAAUUUAGGGCUCAGCGAUGACUCAAACCACAAUUUGGUCCCGGCAAAUGAAGACAAAGAAUGCUGUAUAUGUCUGUCCAAGUACAAGGAGAGAGAAGAAGUUCGGCAGCUGCCGUGUUCGCAUAUGUUCCACCAGAAGUGCGUCGAUCAAUGGCUGAGGAUCACAUCUUGCUGUCCUCUAUGUAAGAAAGAACUUGAGAGAUAGGAAUGCGAUCUGCGAGAGCUGGAAUUCCUUCUCCAAUAUGCUGGGUUUCCAUUUCUUCGGUUUGGCGUGAUUUGUAAUUAUUGAGGAGGUGGCCUACUGAGUGAGCUACUUUGCUUGUAUAUUCAAGCUCACCAGUGACCACAAGCAUACUCAAAUUUGCAUUCUUUUCUCCGUUUUUACUUACAAUAGUAGAGGGUGAAGCUUUGGGGUCUUUGCCUACAAAGGGGUUAGGACUUGGCAAGUCCUAUUAGACGCCUGCAACUCAUAUUAACAUGAUGUACAUGUUUUUGGUACAGCAAUAAACAAGUUACUGAAAAAGAAGAAGAAUGAAACUAUGCUGAUA